GUCAAACACACCAAACGUUUAUUUCUCAAAAUCAACAAUUUGUUGCGUAUUGACUUGACAAUUCUGCUCCCCCCACCCUACCUUCGCCAUAAUCCUCACCGGAUUCCUUUUCCCUUCGAUUACUCCACCGGAAUAAACCUCACCGGAUUCCUUUUCUCGUGAGUUAAUCCCCUCCCUAGUAAUCGAAUAACCGUCUCCGAACUAACACUUCUGUCUCAACACGCAAUGCCGCCGAGGACCGUCAAAACUAAGGUCAAUACUGCCACCGCAAACGCCGUGCUCCUCGUGAAUAACAUCGUUUUUUUCGGCUGCCAGAAUCUCCGCAUUCCUUCCUCUUAAUUCCCCUAUGCAUCCUUUCUGUUGUGUCUCCACCGUCUCCGAUCACUCGCCGGUGAAACCGGUUCCUCCAGACAUCGGCAUGCCAUUGCCUGCAAUCGCCAUACCGGCUUCCACUGCCAGAUCCCAAUCUACCCGAUCCGCGGUCCAGAUUCAUAGUCAAUCAAACCACCACCGUAGUAAUAGCCUUGAUUUCAAUCGGUUGUGCCAGAGAAACGGAGCGGUAGGGAGUCAGGCGCCACCGCCGCCGGUCGAUUUGAAGAUUAACGAUAUUGUAGGGAACGGGAUAUCGGCAGUGCUGUAUAAAUGGGUUAAUUACGGCAAGGGAUGGAGGCCGAGGUGGUUUGUUCUGCAAGAUGGCGUGUUGUCGUAUUACAAGAUUCAUGGACCUGAUAAGAUCGUCGUUAGCCAAGAGACCGAGAAAGGUUGCAAAGUUAUAGGCGAGGAAUCCAUGCGUAUAAUCUCUCGCCAUAAGAAUUCUAACUCUAAUUCUCAUCUCCGGCGGAAGCCAUGCGGUGAAGUCCACCUGAAGGUUUCAUCGAUCCGAGAGAGCAGAUCGGACGACAAGAGGUUUUCAAUCUUCACAGGAACAAAGAGGCUUCAUCUGCGAGCUGAAACUCUGGAGGAUCGCGCUGCAUGGAUGGAGUCAUUGCAGGCUGUGAAGAACAUGUUCCCGCGGAUGUCCAACGGCGAGCUCAUGGCACCGAUCGACACUGUCUCCACGGAGAAGCUGAGGCAGCGGCUGUUGGAGGAGGGUGUUAGUGAGGCGGCCAUUCAGGAUAGCGAGCAGAUCAUGAGAACGGAGUUUGCUACAUUGCAGAAGCGACUGAUGUUGCUUAUGCGGAAGGAAUUGCUCCUCAAGGAAACUGCUCGCCAUUUAGAGGGAAGGGGAGAAGGAAGAAUUUUCAGGUCAUCUUCCAUGGACACUAGACUGUUGAAUUCCUCUUUGGGGCAGAUUGAAGUUGCCGAAACCAGGAGUGGCCAGUUUCUUCUACAUCCCUAUCUAAACAUACUGUGUCUACUCAAUGAUUCAAAUCAUUCUGUCUACAAAGUGAAAGAAGAAAUUAGCAUCUUAUUUAUCUCAUGUACCUUAGCUGAUCCUGCUAGAGAAAAGGUUGAUCUGGAGAAUACAGUAGUAGAUGAGAGCCAAAGACAGUUGAAUGAUGAAGGUGGCCCCUCUACAUUAAGGCAAGACAAAUUCAGUGAAAGUUUGACUGAGUCAGAGGAUGACAAUGAAAGAGUUGAUGCUGCUGAGGAAGAGACUGAUGAAGAGGACAAUGCUUUCUUCGAUACUCGUGACUUUCUGUCAUCAAGUUCUUUCAAAAGUAAUGGCUCUGAUAGACGGAUGUCAUCUUUCUCUUCAGAUGAUGGUGGUCUUAAUGCCGCUGAAUCUGAGGAUGAUAUUGAUCCUUCUAUAAGAUCAGUUGGAGCUAACUAUCCUUACAUUAAGCGUCGUAAAAAGUUGCCUGAACCUGUUGAAAAGGAGAAGAGUGUCAGCCUUUGGUCGAUGAUUAAGGAUAAUAUUGGGAAGGACCUCACAAAAGUUUGUCUUCCUGUUUACUUCAAUGAGCCACUUUCUUCAUUACAAAAAUGUUUUGAGGAUCUGGAAUAUUCAUAUCUCCUUGAUCGUGCGUAUGAAUGGGGAAAAAGGGGCAAUAGCCUCAUGAGGAUUCUUAAUGUGGCUGCUUUUGCUGUUUCUGGAUAUGCUUCAACUGAAGGAAGAAGUUGCAAACCAUUUAAUCCAUUAUUAGGGGAAACUUAUGAGGCUGACUAUCCAGAUAAAGGCUUACGCUUUAUCUCAGAGAAGGUCAGCCAUCAUCCUAUGGUUGUUGCAUGCCACUGUGAGGGGACAGGUUGGAAAUUUUGGGGAGAUAGCAACCUUAAGAGUAAAUUUUGGGGUCGCUCAAUUCAGCUCGAUCCUGUUGGCAUUUUGACUUUGGAAUUUGAUGAUGGAGAAGUAUUACAGUGGAGUAAGGUUACAACAUCAAUAUACAAUCUCAUCCUGGGAAAGCUUUACUGCGAUCACUAUGGUACGAUGCGGAUAGAGGGGAACCAUGAAUAUUCAUGUAAGCUGAAGUUCAAGGAGCAAUCUAUCAUCGACAGAAAUCCUCAUCAGGUACAUGGUAUAGUUCAAGAUAAGAAUGGGAAAACAGUGGCUACUCUGUUUGGAAAAUGGGAUGAGAGCAUGCAUUUUGUGAAUGGAGAUUGUUCUGCAAGAAAAGGACAAGAAUCUUUAUCAGAAGCCCAUUUGCUCUGGAGGCGGAGCAAGCCUCCUCAAUUUCCCACUAGAUACAACUUGACACGCUUUGCCAUCACAUUGAAUGAGCUCAUUCCUGGCCUGAAGGAAAAGUUGCCGCCUACAGAUUCAAGGCUUAGACCUGAUCAGAGGUAUUUGGAAAAUGGAGAGUAUGAAAUGGCAAAUUCUGAGAAGUUGCGUUUAGAACAGCGGCAACGGCUGGUAAGUUGUAUGUUAUGUAUGCUAUGAACUUCUUUGAGUGAGGUAAUUUUAACAUUUCCCUCUCAAUAUUUUAUAAUUUUGGGGGUUAAAAACGAAUAAGAAUUUGACUAAGUUAGUACCUACUAACUUAAAAACUUAAAUUUGGGGUCAAGAUCAGAGGUUAAAACUUGUGUGAUACAAAGAAACCAACUCUCUAAUGUAUCAAAAAAAAAAAAAAAAACUUGGGGGUUAAGUGCAGUUUUUUCAGAAUACAACGGGUUUAAGUGCACCCAGCGCAAACCACACAGCGUAGGUGCAAUUUCCUUCUGUUUGGACUUUGCUUUGAUGAUUGUAACUUUUAUCUGCCUGGAAGCUGCUUAAGCUAAAUUAUCAGUUGAGUCAAUGCAUUGCACAUAUGAGCUGUUUUUAGGGAUAUACUCUUGUCAAUUAAUUGGUUCAAAAGUUGUCACAUGCUUGCAUGGUUUCGUUUUCUCACUGGACUUCUUUGAUCAAUGUCAGGCCCGGAAGAUGCAAGAGAGGGGUUGGAAGCCUAGGUGGUUUGCAAGGGAUAAAGGAAGUGAUACAUAUCGUUAUCUUGGGGGAUACUGGGAAGCCAGAGAACAGCGAAAUUGGGAUUCAUGUCCCAAUAUCUUUGGCCACAUCUCUAAUGAUCAACUCAUUGACUAAGGUUGAACAGGAACUCAUUUUUUACGGAUAAUAUAUAGAGAAAGGGGCACCCGUCUGCUAGAUUGAGCAAGGUUACUCCAUGGGAACCAGUGUAAGUAGAUUUAGAAAGAUUGAGAAAAUAGCAAAAGAAAUUAUUUUUUCCGUAGCUGCAGAUUUGUACGUUGUGAUGAUUUGAGAAUGAUUCAAUAUAGGAGGUAUCAAUGUCCGAACAUGUUGAUGCAAUUAUAAAUUUCUUUUUUAUAA